ACACAUCAUGUUAAUACGGGAAAAAAUUACUAAGAAAAAAAAUAAUAAUAACAAGUAACCAAGAAAAUUAUAUCUGUAUUUCUGUAGUAAAAAUAUAUAAAAAGUGUAUCUAUAUCCACAUACUUAAAUUCACAUAAAGAAGGGUCAUUUAUUUAUAAUCGUUGCAAGAGUGUGUUUCGUUCGUUCCACUAAAGGAAUGAAAAAAAGGAAACGGAAAUAAAAAAAUCUAUUAAAAUACCCAAAAGUAUGAUUAUAAUAAUUUAUUCUCAUGUUUUUUGCUUAAUUAACACAACAUCAAUUAAGUCCCAAACAAAUUAAAAGUGUGAGUGUGUACUAUUUUAAUUUACUCUGCAGGUGAUAAUAAAUUAAAACUUAAAUCACAAUUAAGUUACAAAUCAAUACCAAAUCAAAGAAAGAAAGGAAAAAAAAUUGAUUUGUACCCACCCAAAGUCUAGUUUUGUCAACUAAUAAACAAAGAAAAGAAAAAAAAGAGGACAAUAAAACGAAUAUGAUAAAGAAUAAAAAAAACGCCGAGGCCUUAACAAUUGAUUAAAAUCAAUGUACCAGCUCUGUUUACAUUUAGUUACAAAGAAACAACUAUAUGGAUACAAUUCGUAAACAUUUUAAACAACCUAACGAACGCACCUAUUAAUUUUCCACUGUAAUACACAAUAAAGAACUCGUUGGGCGAAUGAAAACUACUUGCAGUCCAUUUUUUAUUGUCCUUGCACCACAAAAUGGUCAACAGAGGGUAAUCGAUGUGGUCGAAAGAGCUGAACUGCAUCAUUGGCAGCAAAUGUGCAAGUUAUUGGAUUUUAUGUUUAUACCACAAUGAAACUAAGUGUGAGUGCGUAUCGCGCACAUGCAUCAGCACACAAAAAGAUACUCUCAAGCGGAUAUCAUUCUCAACUUAAUUACGGCAGUACCGGAGCGGCUGCCACAGCUUCUUCAAGCUCAUCAGCAGGAUUAUAUGCGAUUGAAACCAACGAAAGCUCCAUAACGUUUCCACAAGAAAUGAAUAAAGCAGAAUGCAACAAUAGCGACACCGAUGUGAUCAGUCCUACUGGAACGAGCAGUUCCGGCCAAGAUCAAAUCCACCCAGUUUCUAAACGAAGGACACAACGAAAGGAUGACGAUCAGAUCAGUAAUGCUCACUCAUCCCACUCUGAUAGUAAGAGCCCUAGUCAGAGGAAAUCACGUAUCGGAGAUGGAACUUCGGAUCCAGAUUCCGAUUGGACUCGGUCUAAUCAGCGUUGGAUGAAACUUAGAACUACUGUACAAAUAUCAUCAGCCAUACAAAAGAAACCACCGCUUAAGAGAGAAGAUUCAUUCCUAAAAAGAUUCUCAACACGUCAAAUACCAGAAACUCAAGAAACCGUCGAAGAUACUGGAUCCGAAAGUGCCUCGGGGGACGUCGAUAAGACCAUUAAAAGACGUAGACGUUAUUUGCAAAAGCGUCGUUCUGUUGUAAAUCCUGAUGAGAAUUUUUACUUUUAUUGGUUGAUGGUUUUAACAAUUUGUGUUCUUUAUAAUUUAUGGACCUUAAUUGUUCGUCAAAGUUUUCCAGAAUUACAAAAUGCGGUACCAACUUUUUGGUUUAUUUGUGAUACACUAACUGACAUUGUAUUCAUUUUCGAUAUUUUUGUACAAUUACGAACCGGUUAUUUGGAACAGGGUCUAAUGGUCUACGACGAUAAAAAACUAAUGUCACAUUAUGUUCAUUCAAGAGAUUGUUUUCUUGAUAUUAUUGCUUUAGUACCGUUCGAUCUUUUACAAUUAAAAAUGGGCUCUCAGCCAUUGUUACGUUUUACUCGUUUUUUUAAGGUUUAUAGAUCUGUUCGAUUUUAUUAUAUUGUUGAAAGUAGAACUGUUUGGCCGAAUUUAUGGCGCGUUGUAAAUCUAAUUCACAUUUUAUUAAUACUUGCCCAUUGGUUUGGUUGUUUCUAUUAUUUACUAUCCGAAGCCGAGGGUUUUCAGGGUGAUUGGGUAUAUCCAUACCGUCCAGGAGAUUAUGCCACUCUAACAAGAAAAUAUUUAGGUAGUUUAUAUUGGUCUACAUUGACGUUAACUACAAUCGGAGACUUACCAACGCCUGAAACGAAUGCUGAAAUCAAUUUUUCGGUGGACGGCCCUAGAUCAAUACCGCGGCGUGGAAUUAAAUCCAGAUUACUUCAAUUUGGUUCAAAUUAUGGAUACAUUUUCACAAUUGUUAGUUAUUUAAUUGGCGUUUUUAUAUUUGCCACUAUUGUCGGUCAAGUUGGUAAUGUAAUUACCAAUCGUAAUGCAAAUCGUCUGGAGUUUGAGCGUCUUCUAGAUGGCGCUAAAACCUAUAUGAGACAUCACAAGGUGCCUGGAGGAAUGAAACGUCGUGUCUUGCGUUGGUAUGACUACAGUUGGUCAAGGGGACGUAUACAAGGAGGAGGUGAUAUAAACACAGCUUUGGGCCUAUUGCCGGAUAAAUUAAAAACUGAACUAGCUUUGCAUGUGAAUUUGAGUGUUUUAAAGAAAGUAACAAUAUUUCAAGAAUGUCAGCCCGAAUUUCUUCACGAUUUGGUUUUGAAAAUGAAGGCGUAUAUAUUUACACCAGGCGACUCAAUAUGUCGCAAAGGAGAAGUUGCUCGCGAAAUGUUUAUAAUAGCCGAUGGGAUUUUAGAAGUAUUAAGUGAGACCGGCAAAGUUCUUACUACCAUGAAAGCAGGUGAUUUUUUUGGGGAAAUUGGUAUACUCAACUUGGAUGGUUUAAACAAACGUACUGCUGAUGUUAGAUCGGUGGGCUAUUCCGAAUUGUUUUCUCUAUCGCGUGAAGAUGUGUUGGCAGCCAUGAAAGACUACCCAGAAGCACAGGAGAUCCUACAGACACUUGGUAGAAAACGUCUUAUGGAAGUAAGGUGUGUCAACAAAAAAUAUGCUAAGGCACAGGCCGAUAAAGAAGCUGAAAACCACCAAGGGGCCCACCACCAUCACAGUCACGUGAAUCAGAGUGACAGCAGUGAAAAUAGUGCCUCGAAGAAAAUUGUCGAUAAAUUGAGACAUGACGUUAAGGGGUUCCGAAGUGUUCUUAAAAAAUCACGAACAACUAGAAGAAGCGAUGAGUCUUUAGAAAUGCAGCCUUUACACAGUACAUCUCCUAAGAACGGCAAAUCAAUGUUAAAGCGUAUGUCCCGCGUACGAUCAGAUGAUAAGGAAGAAACCGCCGAAGAAAAAGAAGAAUUACAUGACAAGUCUCCAAGUCCAAUUGGUGCGGGAUUGCCUCUUUUACAGAGAUUGCGUUUGUUGAAAGAAAAACAGGAAUCAAUACAAGAAGAGCCCGAAAGGGAAAUUAACGAAGGACUCCCUUUGAUUCAGCGACUGCAGCAGUUGAAGAUUAAAAACGAUCCUCCCCAUCCUGUAAAUGAUUCCAGUUUACCGAUUUCAUCCAUAACAUCAGAAGUUAAUAAUAAAUUAGAAAACAUAUCGAAUAUCAGCAGUAAUAACAACAGCAAUACUACUCCAAUAUCACUUGCAGUUACCCAAAUCAAGCCCACUAUGAAGGUUUCCUUUCGACAAAGAAUUCAACAGUUACAACAGCAGGUUCCCGAUAAUGAAUCAACCAGUACUUCGAAAACUAUUGCUAAAGUUAAAGAGUCAAUGAGUGAAAAGUCUACUCCAGCAACGAGUGUUAAUGUAAAAAAGGAACCACCAAAAACUCUAUCGGUUGUAAAAUGCGGUCAAAUCGAAGAGGAAGCAGGUGUAGAUUGCAAAUCAGAGGGGUCCAACAAUAAAUCGCACAAACCAACAACCACCAUUCCAAACCAAAUUGUUAAACCGUCCACAACAACAACACCUACAGUUGUAUCAGAUACUGAUACACCUAUUAAGCCGUGGUCCAAACUAAAGUUAGCUACAUUAAUUUCCUCGAGUUAUACAAGUUUAGCCACAUCCAAUACCUCUUCAGAUGAUGUCUCUUCGCCUUUGAAAAUGUACUCGAUGGGAAGCAUACCACAACAGGUCAUAAGUGAAGAGAAGCGCUCAAAAAAAGGAAAACCCAUUAUUCUUCCGGCAGGAAAGUCAUCCGCACUUGAUCAGACUGAAUCAAGUAGCAGUAGUACAAAACAAUGUGUGACUGAAAAAGCGAAAAAGUCUCUAAAAAGUGGAAAAGCACUACAGAAUGCUGUUGCCAAUCAGACAAAACUUUAUCAAUCAGUAUUUGAUCUCUCGCCCGAAUACAGCGGGCUACCGUUUGUAAAACGAUUAAAGAUUUUAAACGAACGGCAGAAGUUGGCUGAACUUGAGAAGGCUCUACAGACUAGAAGUUUUAGUUUGGACAGUUCAAAAACUAACAGUGCCCAGAUAUCAGAGGCGCUGUAUCGCUGCCAUAGUGAUGCAACUGGAAUAAACUCACAAUUUUUCUCAGCAUAUGAAUCCAGUUCAACCACGUCGACCAACACAUCCACAUCUGAGAAGUCAAAGUGUCCACACUACCACCGUCAUCAUCGGUUAGAUACGGUUCAUCACGACUACACACCUCUCAGUCCGGAAUCGAAUGAAACGCUUGAGCGAAGGAAAUUGAAGAGCAUUCUAAAGAAAAUCAGCCAUGAACGAGAGCACAAAGGUACCACUGGUGAAAUACAAACGCAAAUAAAUUGCGGAGGCCUAUCGAUGGAACCCACUGUUGAAGGCCCUCCUGGCAGUGUCGUUAUCACCAACCCCGAGAACACUAAAGACGAACAUCAAAAUGAUAACAGUCUUAACUCACCCACUACUACCAAUGCUCCGCCAUUUUAUGCGGAAUCUGUUAUGUCUCCACCCGAUCUUUUAAGAGCCGAAUCGAUCGCCACCUGUUGUACAACUGCAAAUUGUUCUCAAACUUUUCAAAUGAAUAGUAGUAGUAGUACUUUAACAAUGUUUCCCACAGAUUUAUACCCGCAUUCCGGAACUAGUCAUGGCGCAUGUCAUGUUCCAAAUAUAAAAGGAUCGCUUGAGGGUCAAGACUGUUACAAUCAAAUUUUGAAUGGCAUCAACAAUGUGAUACGGACGCAUAUUAACGAAAUUCAUUCAAAAUUUGAGACACAAUUCUCCAGCAUGGCAAUGGAAGUAGAGAGAAGAGAUGCUCUUAUAGCUCAUCUACAGUCGAAACUAAGGACUCUUGAAUUGCAUGUUGCAUCUGCAGGUCGAAGGAAAGCAAAUCGCGAGAAAAUGACAAGUCAGUGUGCGGACGGUGGUACUGUUGAAGAUCCAAAUAUUGAAGAUAACAGCAGUUCUGGUUCGUCAGCAGAAUUACUUUUCAUGCGUGGGGACUCACUUGACACUGUGUUUACUUCAUCGCCUCCAACACAAGCGAAACGACAUUGUACAUGUUCGCCGAAAACGAGUCGAGAUGAUUUCGCUGCAUCGAAUUAUAGUCACUACUGCAAGACUGGCAAUGGAACAAAAAGUAAAAACGGUAACAAUUGGUCCACAAAUCAACCAGUUGUUUUAGCCGAUGUACAAGGAAAUCUGUCUCGCAUUGGCGACAGUGUCAUCUUAGAUAUUGGCGAGAGUACAAGUUCAAGUUCAUCCUCCGAUAAACUUAAUGUCGAUGAUGACGACGAGGAUGACGACAAUGAGAGCUCCGAUAAUCAUGUUCAUCACAACGACUGGGAAGUUAGAAUGCUGGCAGCAGAAAUGGAAAAGCAAGAGCGUAAGCGUGGUCUCUCACUCUCCGAUAAUUUGCAGAUGGGCUGUACAAAAUUGAGCGGAACCUACUUACGGAGACGUCGAAAAUUCAGUGACACCGAAACCGAGUGCAGUGAAACCGAUGCAGAACAAGCCCCAGCAACUGUACGCCCAAGGGCAUCCAGUCUGGACCAGUUCAAUUUACGUUACGGAAUUGGCAGGGGUGGUAUAUUCAAAGCAAUGAGUAUUGAUCGUGAUAAAGAUAAACUUUGAAAACUAGUCAAGUACACACACAAACAGUCUUAUGUUAAUAGUAUUUUAGAAAGUAAAUUAAAGCAAUUUUACAGUAUUGAAAGGUACAAUUAUAUUAUAGUAUAAUUUGUUUUAAGAUUACAGUUAAAAACAAAAGCAAACACGUUCGAUGAAUUUAAACUGACACUUGAAUAGAAUGAAAAGCAUUUAAAUUGUUAAGAAAAAAAUCAGUGUCAUAUAAAUAAGCUCUUAUUGAUGUAUUAUCAAAUAGAGCAUACAAUUGUCUAAACAUUUUCAUACUGUUAUUAAAUAACUUUUACAUUUUAUUAAAUUUAAAGUCUUUAACUUUCACGUGAUGCUGCGUUUACUUAAUAUUAAAAUUCUGAUUUGAAUUAUUUAAGAUAAUGAACACCUUUUUAUUGCAACAAAAUGGAAUAAUGUUAAUGAGUAAGGAUGAUAAUACUUUACUAAAUAAUCUUAAAAUUAUCGAAGAUAUACCGAUAUUUAAAAAUUACAAAAUGUUAAUUUUCAAAAACCUAUAACUAAAAUUAUAAGAGUGAAAUAUCACACGCGAGCCAAGAACUUUCAGUAAAUAUAAAAAUUUUUUAAUCUGGAUGUAAAACAUUAACAUGUUAAAGGUACUUUGUGUGGGAUCCAUUUUCUUACUUACGCAAAGGAGCACUUAAACUCAAAUGUUCCUUAGCUACGUCCAUGUCAAAUUUUAUCGCAAUCGGGUCAGCCGUUUAGUAAUAAUAAAUUUAUUUCUAAAAAAACGUUUUUCUGCCCCGCUGUUCAUCUCUAGAAGGUUCACUUUAGCGAGCCAAAAAAGAAAAUAAUCUGAAAGUUAUAUCUUGAUAUAUAAAAGUUAAGUAAGACAAUUUAACUCUUUUUAAUUGCUAUCCAAUAUCUCAGAAACAUUUGAUUUUUUCAAUUUAAUGCAAGAAAAAGUGUUCCAUAUCGGAAUAAAAGUCAUUAAAGUGUUUGUAUAUUGUAAAUACCUCUUUAAGAUAAGAUAAAAAGCCUAUAUUUUUAAGAAAAAAAAAACUACUUUAGUAUAAUGAAAUCUGAAAGCUUUAAUAACUUAUAUAGAUUUAUUGAAUAUGUAUAUGUAUGUUAAAUAUAUACUUACGAUCGUUUUAUUAUCUUCUUACUUAUGUAGUUUAUAAUUUGGUUUUCACAGUGGCCACCUCUCAUACACCCUAAGGCCCGUUUACGAUUUUAACCCUUUAAUUGACUAUAACUCUAAAAGUCACAUCAAUUAUCUUAAAACCAAACAAUCUAGAUAUUAAUACUAUAUUUUAAAAUUAUUACUGAUUUUGAACAUUUCGACUAUCAUGUCCAAAGUUUCCUAUGUUAUAUUAUGUCUAUAGAACUACUUUUAAUUAAGUAGUGUGCAAAAUUCUAAAACUUAAAAAAUUUUCACAAAAUUUAUCUUUUUAUGGUUUUAAGAUCUUUGUCAAGACAUUUACUGAUAAACUUUUAUUCAAAUUUUUUAUCUAAAUCAAUUUUGUUAUUUAUUUUUAAAAUCUCUUUCAUAACUUUAAAAAAGAAAAUAGAAAACAAAACAAAAAACAAGUACAUAUACAUAGUAUAUCUCAAAUAAUCCGUUCAUGAAAAGAAAAUCAAUAUAUUUUAUUAGAAUUAUAAAUAUAUACAUUUAAUUUUUGUUUUUAUUUAAACUACAUCAGGGACCACAAAAUAUUUAUUAUUAACAUUUAUAAAAGAAACCCUAGAUUUUCUUUUGAAUUUUUUUACUUGGGCCAAUUGAAGCUCGUUCAUAUGUAUGUAAAUUUUAAUGGGAUGAAUACAGACAUAUACCAUUGCUCAAAAAAUAUAUAAUCACUUCAAAACACUUUUUACACAUUUUAAAAAAGUAGAACAACAAAAUAAUCUAAAGUGAAACAAUUUGAUAAAUAUUGGAACUUUGUUUAAGUUUGGAACAAUGAAUGAUUUUUGUCACAUCAAUUAUCGUUUGUGAACGUCAAAUAUCAUCGCUAUACUGAGGCCACUAUUAAGAAUUUGAGGAAUUAAGUUGCGUUGGGUGUAUGCACCAACACUAACGAGUAUUCGAUACAAGCGAAAAUAACGAAGCCAUGAGCAGCUUUAUUGUAAAAUCCAGAGGAUCACAGUGUGAGUUAUUAUAAUCUUCUACUCUACAAUAAUAGAGUAAAGUAGGACAGCGUCUCUUCUUCAUCUUCAUCAUGACAACUUCUAAAAUAGUCGUUGAAUGCAACUACUGUUUUAUAUUUUCUUAUCGUAUACCGUUAUUCUAUCUAUAUAAGUCGAAGUGCUUCACGUGAACACCUGCCUUUUUGGUCACGGUGACAGUUUUACAACCACCUUAUUACACGAUUAACCACCGCCCCUUGUGUUUCUGCCGGUCCAUGCAAAGCACUUUGCUCAAAUACUCUAGCUAUCUAAUCUCUGACCAUUGCUACUCCGUUGUUUAACUUCUGACAUUCAAAAACAUCACUUCCGUAUACAAUCACGCAGAUGGGAUGUCCUCUGUUGAUUCGACAACAGAACAGACAUAAUCGGUAGACUGAAAUACGAGCCCAUCAAAUCCACAAAGAACACACUGUGGAAAAUCUGGUAUGACUAUUGUAAACCCUUAACAUACCAGAACAAGGAAGGAAAAUUCAAUGGUAUCAAUUAUAGAAGAUACCUUUCAUCCAUCACCAUUCAACACAGCACACUUCUAAUUCAUCCGACACACUCACUCUAGGAAUACUGAUGGGUGAGGCUUUUAUACCCCUAUAUCCAUCCCAUAUCAUAUGUACAUACACUUGACACGAACUCAUACGUGAACACCUACCGUGUUGGCCUAUUUUACGGUGGUCUUUUUCAACAGCUGUGCUUUUUAUACUCAGGUGACAAUUUACGUGUAUGAAAUUUCCGGCCCAGUAUAAGUGCACUUUGCUCAAGUACUCGAGCUAUCUAAUCUCUUGCCAUAGUAGUCCCGUUGGGGAAUGACAGGUGUCAUGAGUCAAGCUCAAUCUAACACCGACAAAGGAGAAGGCAGUCAAUGGUUAAAGUCGAUAGAAGGACGGACCCAACAUCAGGUGAAAACACCCAAUUGAUGGUAUGAGGAAUGCACUGUCCCCACAAACAUUCUCAUCAUCUAAAGACUUACCCCAGUGCAUUCCUGGACCUCUUAAAGUCGCUCAACCACACUACUGAGAUGGCUUCUGUUGAAUCGAUAACAGCAUCUGGGGGAUGUAAUUGGUGGUUCAAAAAAAAAGUGGCCACAAGGACUUACUGUUGAGCAUGCAUAGAGUAACCUCGAACACACUGAACCAUGAAGGAAAAUCUCCGAUAAAUUAAAGAUUAAGGUAUUACAGCUCUACAACGUCUCAACCAACUUUACCAACAUUUUAACCAUCACUCCUUCUGUCAUUCUGACAUCUCCAAAGAUACAUCUCAGGAUCCUUUGUCCAUCAGAUCCAUCAGACAAGUAUCCGAAUGGAAUCUCACUCCAUAACAUACCCAAUCUUUGCAUUAUCAGCUCAAUUCCAACAUUUUAUUAAUCCAUAGUCUUGCCCUGUGGUUUGUUACGCUCCUAGAAAUAAGAAACGGUAACAGAAACUUAUCCCGAAAGUUUAUAUUUCACGGUGUAUCAAUCUUUUAACCAAGCACCCCUUUCCCGCGAAUUUGGGUUUAAACCACGACCACUACGUGGAUCCCGAAGGAACCUCAUCCAACUGACCAGACAGGACAAGUCCUGCGGGCAACUAGCCACCCGUAGUACCAGAUUAUGUGGUGCUCUGGUUCGACACCAUGUCAAAUCAUUCUAAGUAAAGACCGAGGAUAUAUUUGACAUCAUCAGUUUAUAUCCUCUGCGGGAUAUAUAGUCUUUUCGUGUAACAGUUUUUUUUACCAAUAUUUUCUUCCCGCGAGUUUGGGUUUAAACUACAGCCACCACGUGCACGCUUAAGUCUUCUCUAUAAUAACUGGGACAAGGCAAAGUCAGAAACUCUGCCCUGUGAACCACCGGUUACCGUGGUACCGAAUUAUAAAGCAGGCUGUUUCGACCCUGGGUCACAUCAUUCCAAGGAAGGCCUUUCCUUGGAAUAAUUUGACACCACUAGUUUAUAGUCUCGGCAGACUAGAUACAUCGGUAGCGCCCGAGAGGUUGCUGAAUUCCUUUACAGAUAAGUCCCUUGUCGGUAUCUAACUGUUCAUAGCAGAGAGGUUUUCGUGCGCAAUAAUCGAUAUUCCUGUGUAUAGCUUAAUGGGAUGCCAAUAUCAUAGAGUGCCCAAUGUUCGUUUCGGUCCAUGAGUCUCCUACCUUCAGCGUAAUUGCAUGGAAUGCCAGUUGAAUCGCCAUCAAAUUACCUAGUAACCAAUCUAAUAGGUUAAUAAUGCUUUCGCUGGUGUUCCUGUAAUCAGAAACGCAAUGUUCUUCAAAGCGCGUUGAAAGACUAAGCGAGGGGGAAUUAUGUGGCAAAGUUUGCCACCUAAUUAGUACACUUUGAUUCUAUUCUGGAUAUUUGAGUGAAGAGAAGCCAGCUCUUAAUUUACAAAUCAAAAAUUAUUGAGCCAGAUGAUAUUUAAAUUCACAGUGUUAAUGAGAUUAUGAACAGAAUGUUCAUGCAAGUAUGUCCAUUUUCUUGAACCGUUGCAACGCAAAUGAUAAGGCAAGAAAUAUUUCAGUAUUCCUCUAUUUUAACCUAAUUCGUUACAGCAUUAUAUUUUUGAGCCUUGGUGUAUGUAUUGGUAUUUAAAGAGAACGUAAUUAAAUAAAAUAUUAAAGAAAGGAAAAGGAUAUGAAAGAAUAAGAGAAUGAAAUAAUACACCAACUUAUACACAUACAUACACAGAUGCAUUAUUACAGUAUGGUAUAAUGUCGUUAUACAUAAAUGUAAAGAGAAAAAUUACAUAAAUAAUAUUAGAAAUAAUAAUAAAAUAUAAUAGAAAUACGCACACAUGCACACAAAAUGUUUAUGAAAUUAAAUUUUUUUUUUUAUUUCUUUUAAAAGAAACACUGUGGGAAAUAUUUAAAUCCUAUAUUUUUACACCAUACUGUAUACAUGCAAUUAAAAAAAUAAAGAAAACAAUAAUUACUUGUAUGUGUGUACAUAUUUAUUUAUAUAUCUAAAUAUGCACUCACAUACAUACUUGACUAUAACUAUGUAACAAUUGUUUAAUUUAUCUCAUUUAGUUAUUUACAUAAGAAUUUACUUAUAGAACAGAAAAUAACAAAUUUAGUCAUUUUCAUUGUAUAAGUAUGUCAAUUAAUAUAUAAUAUUUAUGUAGUAGUUUACAUAGUGCAUACAUACACACCAUGUAAAUACAUAUUUACAUAUGUAGGUACGUCGUAUGUAAUUAAUACAUUCCGUGAAAUAUGUAGUUUAAAGGUGUUUUCUUGUUUCUUUAUCCAACAUAAAACAAAAUGUGAUAAUAGUACGAUUUUGGGAUCUUAUAUUUCUUGCAAGAAUAGCGUCCAUUGACAAAAAAUACUUAGUUUCGGAAAUGAACUUAAUCGAUUUUUUUAAAAAUGCCUUAAAUAUUUCGAAAAAAUAUUUUGUUUACCCUGCUCAAAGUUUAGCUUGAUUUGUUUUAUAAUGAUUUCCAAAAUAUUUUGAGUCUAGCGUAUUCCUUCAUGAGCUGGACCUUCUACUUUGAUCGAAAGUGGAAUUAUUUUAGUAAUUUUUUUCAUCGAAAUAAAAUCACUUUACAUUUUUUAAAGUGGAAUAAGUUUGGUUCAUACGCUGUUUAUGUAAUUAAAUACAAAUUUAAAUAUUAAUUAAAUUCUGUGAAAAUCUGUAUUUUUCGGAUCUAGUGCAAUUCUAAAUCUUUCGAAAAUCAUUGGUUUAUGUUAUUGGUAUGUCCGACUAUAAAUUUUUUACCUGUUUUAAAAUAAAUCUAAAUCCUGAAAAAAUUACCACUUUUUGCAGAAAUUACAUUGAGUAUUAAAUCUUUGGAGACCCAUAAACAAGAGUGCAUAACUUUCCGAAAUAUUUUAAUAUUUUACAUAUAAUUUAUAAGGGGAAAGAAUGUCCUUUUUAAUGCCAUCUCUUUUUAAUGAAAUCGGUCCAGCUCACGAACGGCCAUUACUAAACUCAGUCACAGCUACUUUGAAUAGAUUUUAAAAAUGUUUUAAAAAUAUUAUAAUUUGAUUAUUUGAGUUAUUAAGCUGUAAAUGUGUACUAUAAUAAAUUAAUAUACAUAAAUAUGUUUCCACUGGCUUGAAAUGAUCUAGUUUUGCGGAAACCUAUUCUAUCAUAUUAUUUUAAAAUUACACAUUAAAAAUAUAUAAUAACAACUUGUUAUAUUAAAAUCUAUAAUUUGUUCUCUUUAAAUUUUUUUAUGAAAACAUUCAAUUUGAAUGUAUAGCUCAUGAAUGUAUUUGUUUAUCAUAGACCCUACUCAGAGUUGCAUAAUCAAAUCUUGUUGGAAAACAAUCCAUUUUCGUCAUGUUAAUCAAAUUCAAGUAGUAGAUUUGCCAAAAAUUUGUGCCCAAAUCAACAAUAUUUACUCAAAACGCUUUGGUGGUGUGUAAGUAUACGUACGCGUGAAAAAAUAAUACAACAGAGCUCAUUCGAGAGCUCGUUGCAUUUCGCUGCCUUAAAGCUAUUAUAAUCUCUUUUUCGUUGCCGACUACUCAUGAUGACCAGGUACCCAUAUGAUGUAAACCUUACCUCUGGAAGAGUAUUCAGUUAAAGCUUUAUUACAAUCCAAUACGGUCUUAGAUUCAAUUUUAACAUCUGAUAACGCCCUAACUGCCUUCUGGCUGUCGGUAAAUACGUCCUGUGGGCGCCAUAUUUAUUAUAAUCCAAUUUACGCACACCGUUAUAGCUCGGACCUCUAGCUGGAAGCUAAAGUUGGGAUUAGAUAAUCGAUGGUAUAUUUCCGUUUCGGGGUCGUCAAUAUAGAACCCUAGCCCCAAUUUAAAGCCAUCCGUGUAGUAACGUGCAAUGCAACCUACUGGCAUUUGCUAUAAUAUUCCGCUUGACGAAAACAAUCUAUCUGGGAUCAGUGUUUCAAAGUUUCUGUGUCUUCUUGCCAGGGUAUCAUCUUGCCCAGGAAACAGGAUUCCGCGAAAUAACCGUUUCCUUAUAGUUAUAUCGUACAUCUCGCAGCUUAUCCAUCUAUACCAUAGCAUGUAGUUGAUUUAUGUACGGAGCACCCGGUCAACAUAAAACUAGUCUAAGGACUAGUUGAAGUCGCCUUCGAUGUCAAUGCAUACCGCCAGUGCAUUCAGUUUGCUAUAUAGUGAACAACUUCGUUUCGCAAGGUAAAAAACAAUUCAUUUAUAUUGCAUUUUUUUGUGUGAACGUAGUAUUAUAAUAAUUAUCAAAUAUACGUUAAAAUUUGGGACAAAACUAUGAAUGACUUUAAUAUAACACAUAUUCUCUAGUAAUCAGUUGAAUGGAUUAUGUGAGACUUGUAGUAAAUGAGCGAUAUAUAAAUAAAGUACAAUGUAAACGAAAUAUUCAUUACAUACUAUGUAUGUUUGUGAUAAUUUUUACCGAUUUUAUUUCACUCUAUUUCACUAUUGUCGGAAUUAAUUUUAAUUUCCUGCGCUAAAAUUGUUUUGUUUAAUAGAAACAUAUUAGUAAAAUUUAGUUUAAGUUUAUUAUAUACAUAUUUUAUUUUUAUACAAAAUACUAAUAUUCACGGAAUGUAUUGUGUAAAUCAUGGUAUUUUAAAAAAUUAUAAUUAUUAUUAACAAUUUGUUUUAAGUUAUUUUGUUAGUUAUAAAAUGUUUUUAAUUCGCAAAAAAAUUUGUAAAAUUGUCAUCUUUUGAAAGAAAUAAUGUCCUUUUAAUUUAUAACAAAUUCUAAUAAUAAAAUAAACAUUAAAACAUACACAUUUUUGAAUUUAAAUAUUUUUGGCGUAUAACAUUCAUACAUAUAUACAUAUGUAUACAUAUAUUUAUGUAUGAAUGUUUUUAGUUAAAAUAUAAAACGGAACUAUAAAUUUUUUGAAAAUUAAAUUUAAUAAUUGUGAUAAUAAAUAAUUUUCUUAGAAAAAUAUUUUUGUCAAUGAAACUGAUUUAUAUUAGCUUAUGUAUCCUUAUUUCGAGGAAAUAAUUUUUAUAGAAUUGAAUUACCUAUAUUGUGACUAAAAAGUUUUUUAUACAGUUUUGAUCACCUUAAAGAUCUUAAUAUAAAUAAAUAAAAAAUACCGCAGGGUAAAUAACGUUAAAUAUUAACUUUUAAAUUUUCAAUCAAUACUGCUGAGGGAUGUUAUAUCUCGUAUAACAUCGAUCCCAAGAUAUUUGGGUCUAAUUUCGAGAAAGAUUUGACAAUGAUAGAGAAAGUGUUCCUGCGUAUCACUAUCCUCACUGUAUGAUUUACAUUUCGUCAGAUUCCGCUCAUCUAAAUUGCUGAAGUUGUGGUCGUAUUCUUGUAUAACUAUCCAGUCAGAAUACAUGCCAUCAAAUAAACUUCGGACUUACUCCUACUGUGGAGAUUUUUCAUUGGGAUAACCUAAUAACAUUUUUGUGGUCUUACCCAUCUAUCCCUUAUUCCACGUGGUAGAGCGAGAUUCUCUCUUUUAAAUCAUAGAAAGGUUUUGCAAUUAUCAGGUUAACUUCCUUAAAUUCCUUCCUCUUAACGGCAAUUGUAUUAGUUACCGUAUAUUCUAUGAAAUUCAUAUGAGCUUGGUGCUCAUAUGAUAUUUCAUAUUCCUUAUUAUUACAGACUUCCGCCUUGAUCUCUAAAAUAGUAUAUAUAUCGUUUUAUAUUUUUUUUCAAUGUAGAUCCAAACAACCAUUCUAUCUGUUUGUUUAGAUCUGUUUGUGAAUCCAUAUAAUUUUCACGGGUGUUAACUAUUAGGUUCCAAUUGAACAUGAUAUAAAAUAUCAGCAGUGUCCCAGAAUUUACGACAACUUCAGCCUACAGUAUUUCAUUGGGGUUUAGUCUAGCCCAUCAAAUAAUGACGAAACCUAUAUCCGCCUUUUAUCAAUUCGUCUAGAUAUCAAAGCCACUCGCCUGCGACAUUUUCUGUUAAGUAUAUUAACUUUGUUUCCAAGUUUAUCAGAUUUUUGAAGUGUAAGUUUGUGUGUCAUAGUAUAAAGCAGUUUUUAGGCCCUUCUCAGCACUUCUGCACAAAUAAUUUUGAUCCGCGCCCCUUUGAAGUAUUACGAAAUCGUCAGCGUAACAGAGGAUGUUAUUAAUCGUGUUUUUCCACCUUGUGGUGCAUCGAGAAAUUUAAUUUUUCUGAUAGAAUAACAUAAGCAUAUUGCUUCUAAUUAAGGUCUGUUUUAUAUUCUAUUUUUGACAUGUCAUAGACUAUCAGUUCCAAAGUACAUAUUAAGUAGAAAAAAUGUUAAGAUAAUCGAACGAUAGGACUUUGCUCGACUUUCCAAGUUUGAAAAUGAAUACAACCCUAGCAACCCGUCAUCUGAGCGGAGUAUAUGUGAUUCGGAGCAUGCAGAUAUUUUGAAAUUAAAUCAGAAUUUUUCUGAUUUACCGGCUAAAAAUCUAACCGGUUCCAUAUCUUUGUAUGUUACCAAACUCUUGAUUAUCCCCUUGACCAUGCUAGUUGUUGCUAGUCUCUGUUAGGCUUCCCUUCUCCCAUUAUCGUUAUACCAAGGAGAAAUGAGAAUCCUUCAAGCUUCUACAAUUAAUUCAGCUGGACAUGGGUUUUAGAUAUACAUUAUUAAAUAUGUUCUAUAUUAUACUUAUGCUACCAACUUUUUCACAAAGUCUUCUUGCCUUGAUUCCAAAUCUGUACUGUAACCCAUGAUUUAUUCCAGAUCUCAGCUCUCGUAAAGGACAGUUAAACGUUUCAAGCGAAGCAUUUCUAUACAGAAUGCUUCUCAAAUAUUAAUAAAAUUAUAUAACACUGUGCAACCAGAAAAUCUUUCCCGACGGGAAAUGAAAGUAGACCAUCAGUAGGCCAAAAUAACCAAAGGGGCUAAAAAAGUGAAAUGGAUUAUUUCAUUUCCAGUUGAUCUCAUUCAGAAGAUUUUUAAUUAAAAGCAUUAAUAAUUUAAAGACUAACAUUAGUAAAACUAUGUAUACACGAUUGUUAGAUCUUACAAUGUUGUCAGAAAGAUUUUCAGAAAAUGUCUAACAAUCGUGUCAACUUACAAUUUUUGUUCGACAACGUUUCAAAACAAAAAUUUUAAAUUCACACGAUUGUUAGACAUUUGCUGAAAAAUUUUCUGCCAACGUUGUAAGAUCUGACAACCGCGUACACUGUAUUGUUUUGAGAAGAAUGGCUUAGAAUAUUUUACGUCAUUUGAUGUGUGUGUGAUAUGUGAUUUUAAAUUAAAGGCGAAAAUAUACAUAAGUCUUGUGGGUCGAUUAUAAAUGACAACCAAUAAUGUGUUAUCUGUGGUUCCUUUGACAGUUCAUUCUAUUAAGGGGAUACAUCCUAACCAUAAGACAAUAGAAGCAACUAUUCUAAAUGCCAUGAUAUCUCCCAUUCAGCGACUUUUAUAUAAUGGACAAAAAAGUAUACUCAGACUUGCAGCUAACGAUGAAAAUAACUCUAUAGUUCCUAACUCACCUUUGUCCUCACAAAACCGGUAAUACUUCGAAUUAGCAUUUUCUCAUGUUCAUCGGAUUUUAUUUGAAUAACCUAACCUAUUUAAAAAUGCAUUGGAAGUCAAUUUUAAAAGUUUCAAGACAGUGACAUAUGUACAUAAGUUCGGGAAUUGCUCAAAUCAAUCGUAUUUAAAAAAUUACGAUUGAUAUUUCAGAAACUGUAGCUGUCAGUUGCCACCUGAAAUUUAACUUUGUCAACUGAUGUUUGGUUGUCAUACAUAACCGACACAUAAGAAACGUUUCACACUCAACAAUACCACUCAACCACUACUAAUGUCAUAUGAAAUUUACUAUAAUUUGUGCUAUUAAGUGCAGUAGUUUCUGAGUUCGUUGAUUAGAGCCGGUUCACUUCUUUGAGAAACUUUUGAUUUUGUGUGUGAGAGGAAUAUUAUAUAUAUUUUUUUCUCUUACUCUUUUAUUAAUAUAUAAUAACAUAUUCUUUGACAUAUUAAAAAAAGAUGACAAUUUUAUUUGAUUUAAAAAAUUCUUCGGGUGUAUGCAACAUUAUGUGGUUGAUAGUUUCACAGUAUAUUUUGUUAAUCUUAAUAAAAAUUAAAUAUUAAUGUUAUUUAGUGAUUACGUCUAUUUGAUUAAAAAUAUAAUUAAAUGAAAAACACAAGACGAAUAAAAACAAUAAAAGCAUUUUUAA